AAUCAUCUAAUACAACUACUGUCCUACCACAAAAACGUGUUAACAAACCCACCUCUAUAGAUACCUCCAACAAAAAAGCUAAAAAACCAGUUAACAGGGACGAUUCACCUAUAGUAAGAAGGCUAAUCAAGGAAUUGGCCACUCCCACUCUCUCGCAAAAUUCUUCCAAUGCUACUAUUGCUUUGCAAACAUUCCCCACAAUGGACAUAAAUUCAGUUAAUUUUCACGAAUUAAAUGAGAUGAUCAUCAAAGCCGAAGAUAAUAAUCAAAAAUCAGGAAGCUAUUAUUUUUUUGGAAAAGGAUAUAUGUUGUGGUUUAGUUUUUAUAAUAAAACCUAUAGUAAUUCAUUUUACGCGUCGUAUCUCAUUAUUGUUAUGGGUAAAAAAGAACUUUCAGCGUGGAUACGUUCCGGCGUCGUAGAAAAGAAUCUUAAUGAAACUCUCGACUCCACUUUGGACGCGCUAUAUGAUGCCUGUCCGUUGAGAAGGUCCCGCGAAUCUAUAUGUAAAUCACUUCACGACCUUUUAUAUAGCGAUGAGACCUUUCGUCAAAGUUCUCUAGCACACAUCGCAAUAUUCGGCUGGUUUGAAAAUAGAAAAUUAUCACCCUCUUCUUCCUCGUCUCAAAAACAGUCAAAGCCUUUUGCGGAACAAGGGGCGAUUAUAGAGCCUUUUAUUAAUCUUACUGAGAGAGCAGUUUAUGAUUUCCUUGUCAACAACGAAGAUAUUAUUCCUCUAGAAGUCGUUGAAUCAUUCGCGGAUAAACAGCGGCCUCCCAUUAGCAAAGACUUCCGCAACGCCGAUCUAUUAUGCAUGUUAAACUUUAUCCUGAAAAACAUUGCCAUUUUCUCAAAAAAAUCUGUGUUCCAUGGCCAAUAUAAGGCCAACCCUGCCGAGUUACUAACUGACUUUAAAAAGAAAGUGAGAAAUAAAUUGGCUCAUGGAAUCGUGGUUAACGGAAAAGAUCGUUGGAGCGAUCAUGCACUCCAGCACGUUUCCAUAUUAGCUUGUGAAGUUAUAAUUUGCCUUGGUGGAAAUUACGAAGAAGUAUUCGCUAACAGGGAAGACGUUGAUAGCGAAAUAACUAAGCGAUGGAUUGAUAAGGCUUCACAAAAAAGAAAAUCGGAAGUGAUGCUUGAUAAUGAAGGGAAUGUCGACCCAUCACAAAAAAGAAAAUUUGACAAUGUAUUUGAUGAUAAAGGGAAUAUUGGUGUGUCACAAAAAAGAAGAUUUGACGAUUCAGAUCUUGGGAAAAUAACAGAGUUCGUACUUGAUAUUUUCGAAGAUUUAGAAGUUGGUGUGGGCAGUGCGUCUUACUCUGAGAGCGAUUUAUUUCGUUCAAGGGAUAAGUCUAAAUCAGCGUUGGCUAAGGACGUCAAUCAUUCUGAAAAGUGUAUCUUCAUUGUUGGGUUACAUUC